AUAACUCGGGGUGCAAAAAGGAGAAUAAACCUUGUCUCACCAAGAUCCGGAAUAUAAUUAGAGAAAACAAAAGGAAUCUAAAAAAUCACAAUUUCCUAAACUAGCCAAUAUCAAACAGCAAACACCAUCAUCUGCAAGCCAAGCCAUCGAAAAUAAAAUUUCACAAAAAGACAAAACCUGACGCCAGCUGUGAUCAACAUAAACUACACAAUUCACCUACCUUAUUUAUACUUCUCAAACAAAAACUCCAUGAAUACCCAGAUUCUCUUAAGUUGCUGCUGCUUUCAUUCCUUCAAAUGUUGCCUCCAUGACGCCGCAUUCUGUUAUACUCUGUGAACUAAUCAGCUGCAAUUAGAGAGCAAAGUGAUAAUAUCCUCCUGUUGAUCCAAGGUCAUCUAUCCACUUUAAAGAGCUGUUUGAACCAGAAGAAACCCCUUCUAUAUAUCAGGUACAUUACCAUCCAUGAGCUUGGUUUCAAAUCUUGAGACGCUUGUCGUAUGGGGUAAUUAUCUCAAUGGAAAUAUUCCCGACUCUAUCUCCAAUGCUUCAAAGCUUAGAAUUCUAAGCUUGAAUCUAAACUCGUUCUCUGGCUUUAUUCCGGAUGCACUUGGCAAUUUAAGUUUCCUUGAGGAGUUACGCCUUUGGUCAAACCAUUUGACCACCAAACCUCCAAACCAUGAGUGGAGCUUUCUUUCUUCAUUGGCAAAUUGUAAGAAUCUAACACUCUUAGAGCUAUCAUCAAAUCCCUUGAAUGGCAUUCUUCCGGCUUCCAUCUCGAAUCUCUCUGCAUCACUUGAAGAAUUUGAAGUUCAUGAUUGCAAAAUUAAAGGUAGCAUUCCUAUGGAAAUCGGUCGCUUAAGCAACAUUAUAGUUUUAACUCUUUCUCAAAAUGAACUGAGUGGAUCUAUUCCAGCAACAAUAGGAGGGCUACAAAAUGUCCAAGGUUUGUAUCUUAAUGAUAAUCAAUUACAGGGCUCUAUCCCAUACAAUAUUUGUCAAUUGGAGAGAUUAAGUGAAUUAGCAUUGAAAGGAAAUAUGCUUCAAGGACCUAUUCCCACGUGUUUGGGUGAUUUGACUUCUCUGAGAGGUUUAUACUUGUAUUCCAACAAACUGCAUUCUACAAUACCCUCCACCUUUUGGGGUCUUAAAGAUCUUUUGCGGGUAGACUUAUCAUCAAAUUAUCUUAGCGGUUCACUUUCACUGGAUAUUGGAAAUCUGAUGGUACUAACAUAUUUGAAUUUGUCAAUGAAUCUAUUAUCAAGUGAUAUUCCAAUUACAAUUGGAGGUCUCAAUGGUCUACAAACUUUGUCCUUAUCUAGCAAUAGACUACAAGGUCCAAUUCCAGAAUCAUUGGGUGACUUGACAAGUUUGGUGACUUUGGAUUUGUCUGAUAAUAAUUUGUCUGGAAUCAUUCCCAAGUCUUUGGAAAGACUUUCAUAUCUUAGAUACUUUAAUGUGGCUUUCAAUAAAUUGGAAGGAGAAAUCCCUACAGAAGGAUGCUUCCAAAACUUGACAGCUGAAUCAUUCAUCAACAAUUAUGCACUUUGUGGUUUACCAAAAUUACAAGUCCCUCCUUGCAAAAGUAGCACCCAUCGACUAUCAAAAACGACCCAUGUUUUGAGGUAUGUUUUGCCAAUAAUUGCUUCAAUUAUAGUGAUAGUCACCUUCAUUAUCAUCUUUAAACAAUGCUGGAAUGGAAGUACAAAUAUUUCAAUUAAUGAAGGUUUAACUCUUGAAGUACGGAGUACAAAUUUGUAUAAUAGACUUCUUCAAGCUACUAAUAAUUUCAGUGAAGACAACUUGCUUGGUUCUGGAAGUUUUGACACGGUAUACAAAGGAAUACUUUCUGAUGGGAAGAAUGUUGCGAUAAAAGUUUUUAAUUUGCAGUUGGAAGGGGCAUUUAAGAGUUUUGAUGUUGAAUGUGAAGUGAUGCAAAAUAUACUUCAUCGCAAUCUUGUUAAGGUCAUUAGUUAUUGCUCUUGUGUUGAUUUUAAAGCCUUAAUGCUUGAAUUCAUGCCUAAUGGAAGUCUCGAGAAAUGGUUAUAUUCUCACUAUCAUUUCCUAGAUAUCCUACAAAGAAUCAACAUAAUGAUCGAUGUUGCAUCAGCUUUGGAGUAUCUCCAUUUGGGACAUCCAAACCCUGUAAUCCACUGUGAUCUAAAACCAAGCAAUAUCUUACUAGAUCAGGACAUGGUAGCACAUGUGGGAGAUUUUGGCAUUGCCAAAUUGUUGGGAGAUGGAGAGUCUGUGAAACAAACCAUGACAUUUGCUACAAUUGGAUAUAUGGCACCAGAAUAUGGAUCAACCGGAAUUGUUUCCAUCAAAAGCGAUGUCUACAGUUAUGGUAUUUUAUUAAUGGAAACAUUCACAAGAAAGAAGCCCACAAAUGAACUUUUUGUUGGAAAUAUGAGCUUGAGCCUAUGGGUAAAAGAGUCACUAUCUAAUGAUAUAAUUGAUGUUGUGGAUUCUAGCUUAUUGCAGACAGAAGAAGAACAUGUUAUGGCUACGACGAAUUGCAUAUCAUCUAUUAUGAAGUUAGCUUUGGAUUGUGUUGUUGAGUUGCCUGAAGAACGAAUAGACAUGAAGGAUGUUGUUUCCGCUCUUCAAAAAAUCAAAACAAAGUUUUUGAACAAUGUUAGGCAAGCUUAAAAUGUAAGGUUUA